GCGGCCGCCGGCUCCGCACGGCGCCGGCCUCCAGCGUCUCCGCCGCCGCCGUACCCAGGCACUCCACCACCACCACCGCCACCGCCACCAACGGCACCGACGACAGCGGCAGCGGCAGCUAGCGACAGGAGGGCAGCCAUGUUCGCGCGACUGUGCCAGCACAAUGUCGCCGGCGAGGCCAAGAGGCGGCACUCGUGGUCCAGCGACUGCGACUUCCAGCUGGUGGCCGGGGCGACGCUGCAGCCUCGCGCCCUCUCCACGUGGUACCUCACCGCAACGGAUGGCGUUCCGGACGUUGUCGGGCCUUGCGGUAGUGGAGGAGGAGUCGGCAGUAGCAGUAGCAGUACCGACAAUAGCAGUGACGAGGAGGGAGGAGACACCGACGACGGAAGAGACGGCGGCGGGGGCGGCAGCGGUGGCAACGACGGCGACGAAGAGGAAGAAGAGGAGGAGGGCGGCGGGCAAGAGGAGGCCGGGGGCUGCGGGGGCGAAGCUGGGGCAGGGGAGGCGCAGCUGAGCGCGGCGCCGCCGCCACGGCCGCAGCCGCAGGCGCAGCCGCCGGAGGACAUGGGCCAGAGGCCUUCGCGGCCUCGCAUCUCGCUCACCUGGGUUCUGCGGAGCGGCGGCGGCGGCGGCGGCGGGGGUGGCAGGCACGCGGCGCCGGGGGCGGCCGUGGCGGCCACCUGCCCAGAGCGGCCGCCGCCUCCGGGGCGCGCGCGCUCCGAGCCGUCGCUGAUGCAGCACAGGCAGAGGCGGCAGUCGCGCGCCUCGCACAAGCCGCUGCGCUCCCGGCACUCGCGCUUCGGCUACGACAUCCAGGACGUCGACGCCUUCCUCACAAAGGCUUCGAUCGAGAAGCCAGCCAACAUCCCCGUGGUGCUGGCGUCGCCGUGCGUGCUGUACCAGACGCGCACGGGCGGCUACCAGGAGGAGCUGUCGCUGCCCCUCGGCAUGGUGGUGAACGCCGUCUUCAAGAACCAGUCGUGGCUGUACGUGCAGACGCCGCACGGCGAGGAGGGCUACGUGGGCUACGGCGCGUGCCUGCCGCUGGGCAUCCUGCCACCGCCGCAGCGCUCCAAGCCGCAGCCCUGCUGGGAGACGCACGCCGACAUCUUCCCGCGGCCGCUCGGCAACCGCACCGACAGCGAGAAGCUGCGCGACGGCACGCGCUCCGAGUGCGGCGCCGCCUCCGGCUCGGCGGCGUCGGCGGCGGGCGCGGCGGCCGGCCGCUGCUACCGCGCGCGCGACGCCGUGUCCGCGUGCGGCGAGCGCAGCGUCGACCGGCUGUACCUGCGCGCCGCCGCCAGCGCCAAGUGCCGCGCCGUCGGCACGCGCCACACGCUGCUCGUCAUCCGCUCCGACUACAGCAGCCGCGGCCGCAACACGCUCUCCGUCGCCAAGGGCGACGUCGUCGCGCUCGUCAGCGGCCACCUCAAGGACUGGUUCUGGGUGCGCAGUCGCGACGGCAGCGAGGGCUUCAUCCCGUCCGUCGUGGCCGGCCACGGCUUUCUCUGACAGCGGGGGCGGAAGAAAGCUGCACAGGCCUCGCUACAUUAGCAGACAAUUCGUAUACGAUAACUCAGGUUCUAUCGGCGCUACCGAUUAAUAGCGUGUUUUCGGGUGUACGGCCGAGUAGUAGAUUCCGUACGUAUGCACGAUAUCUGGAGUGACCCGGCAGUAGAGUUCGGAUCCUGCGGACUGUGUUCCGAGUACGAGCUAGACGAACACCGACCGGACUGUUUCCGAAGGAGGCGCACUCACCGGUGAGGAUAUGUGGCAUCUUUUUCGGCUUAGGGUAAGAGUUAAAUUCGUUCUGUUGGCUCACCAUCUGUUUUCGACUGGCAAUUGAUUUAUUGGUCUUUUUUCAUUUAUUCUAGAUUAAUUUGUGGGGUGCCAUGUCCCGGCAUUUGCUUUCCGACCGAGGGAAAAACGACAGAUACAUCAUUUUGGACAGCUGGCUUUGCUCUGUUUCGUUACGUUCAUUAGGUGAUAUUCUGAAUUUCUUUGUGUAAUGCUAUAAUUCCUCUAGCUUGCAGCUCUUCCGAUUCUCCUCUCCCUUUUAGUCACACCCAUUCGAGAUCCUAUUGUUUCUAUUGUGGUGGUCUCGGGUGAGAAUAUUAGAACUGACGGAAAUUCAGCACCGUCAGUUGUCGCUAUAAUACGUCUUGUACGAGCCCCUCAUUCUCUACCUGAGUACUCCAUAAAUUGCAUUAAGUUUCUCUAUCCUCUCUUUGAGUUGGGGAGCACUAAUUACUACUGACACCAGUGAACUGUCUGUGCAAUAUCAUUUUCGGCACAUCGCUAUUUAUAGCCGAGUGCAACCCCUGGUGUCAGUUACACUCUUUGAAGUUUAUUUGUUUUUUUGAGGUCAUACUGCUAUUCUGUGAAAUGCGCAUUCUCUCAGGCUUUACUAGUUCUGGUGGAUGAGGUCGCCAAGGAGAUCUUAAUAAACGGAGCACCGGGCCCUGAGCCUUGUUUAAACUGAAGCCUCUGUCCCAGUUUUUUAGGUUGGUCGGUUCAUUUAAAAGAGAGGGGGGGGGGGGGAAGGACCAAACUAUGAGGUCAUCGGUCCCUUGUUCCUAAUCAAACAAUGUCACAAGUGUGAGAAUAAACCAGACAAGACAUAUAACGUAAAACGGAAAGAAAGGAAAAACCACAAGAACGAAGGAAAGGUAGCGAACACUAAAAGGAACAGGUUUUCUGACAUUUUCAUUCUGACAUAUAUUGUGUAUAAAUAUGUAGUAAACUAAUCAUCUGGUACACCUGAAAGCACACCAUUAAUUUUGUCUAGGGCUCUCUGUGACUGUAACUUCUAGGUUAGACUUUCUUUUAAUUAGUUAUAUGCCAUCUCGAGCAGCAAACAUUAUAUUUUUCAGUCUGUGUCCAACAUGUUUUGGAGUGAGAACUACAUUUCCAAGGACUAGGUUAAUGUCUGUGGGGGUUACAUCUCCUGCACCUAGUCGUCUUCAUUCGGUCACACAAUAUAAAAAUAUGGAACUUUGACAUCAAUGCAUCACAACAUUUUGUGACCAAAUGAUUGUGAUUAGGUGAAGCAGAUGUAAAAUCCAAAAACACCAAUGUCUUCAAAAUGUAGUAAUACCUCCAAACUGUGUUGGACUUGAACAGAAAAGUUUAAUGUGAGUGAAGACAGUAUAUUACUAGUAAAAAAUAAGUCUCGAACCUACAGUAGAUUUAUGUUGAGAACUGCUGUUACUUGACAUCUUUGUAACCAUAAUUGUAAGAACAUCAAUAAUUAUUCUGCAAGAAGUGUCACAAAGUAAACUCCCCACAACUGUUAAAAUUGCAGGCAAUACAGCGUCAAAUGUGAGUGCCCACUUGUGAGGGGUUCAGGUCGAGGUCAUCAAUGUGCCUAUUGGCAGUUUCUGUUUAUCUACAGUUCUAAUAGCUGAAGAUGGUAACUCCAACUCUUCCUUGUGCCAGUUGUAAUGAUAGGUCUCUAAAAAAGAUUUCAUAUACACACAUUACAGUGUCAACGUCAAUUUAGUGUUAGUUCUGUCUAGCGUAUGGGCUGGAUGUCAUGAGCAUGCAGCUAGUGUAUUAUUGAUAGUGCAGCCACUUUUUUGAAGGACUAAACAUGGACACAAUCAAGAAUACAGUGACAAACAGUUUGUGGAACAGUCACUGCAGACCAUUACAGAUAACUGUUGCUUUAAAACUACAAGUCUCAAUAGCUAUUUUCUGCAUAUAUCCUAUCUGGGAACUGAAAUAAAUUUCUAACAGCAGAUGCAGUCUGCUCAAUCAAGGCACCAUAGUGAUACCUGCCCAUUUACACUGUUCUUACUCCUAAGAAUUUCAAUGCUUUCUGACAUCCUAAAAGAUUGCUGUGUGGCAAACAAUCAUACAAUUUUCAGUGACAAAAUGUUGCAGAUUUUUAUGACAAACAAUAAAAUAUUAUCCUACAGUAUGAUAAGUGUCUCAGUCCUGUGGCUAAAUAUAUUGACAAGUAGCACAAUAAAUGCCGUACCUGUUCCCAAACACGUUUCCAGCCAACCAUGUUUUCUUUCUGAUUAUGCCUCUAGGGAGACACUUUGUGGGUAACCUUACUUAAUGUCAGCAUUACUUCUUUAUUUGCAUAUUUUUGUGUCAUACGGUACUCACUUUAGUGCUGCACAAAAUUUCUGAAAAGAAAUGACCACUGUCACAUGGGGAAACAGAAGACACAUCACCAAAAUCCAGAACUUUACAUUCGUCGCAUGAAACUAAGUUCUUCUACUACAGUAUUCACUCUCACAUUUGCUCAUCAAAUGACAUUCAUGGCAUUGCUCAUGUACUAUAGUCUCAAGAGAUUGAACUGCCUAUCCACUAACAUCAUGACAACUGAGACUGGCACAUGAGUUUCACCUCAAAGACUAUUGACCAAUGUACAUUGCUGCAGUCAGGUGUAAAUCUUUGGUUGUCUGUUUAUUUUUGUACCUUCAUUGUAAUAAGUCACUUACAUGUUGGAUGCUGGUUACAAUAAUUAUGUUUCGGCUUAUUGUUGCCUACUCACAUGUCAAGUUACUCCACAUUAGGAAGUCAGCAUGUAUGAGAAGAAAUAUAAAUGAUACAGACUGUCAAAAAUUGUAUGGUUGUUUAGAUUUUCCUGAUAUUACCAGCUGAACAACAAUAACUAAGAAUCCAGUAUUCUGCUACUUUCUGUGGCCUGCAAAAAAAUUUGGAUAUCAGUCCUAGUCAUCAUAAUGUCCCGCUAUUAUGCCCUCAGACAGUCUCAUAGUCUGCCUGUAAUCCUGACAGUAGACACCUACAAGAGCCUCUCUCACAGCAUCUAAUAAAAACCACUUGGUCUAUCAUUGAGCAGCUGUACAAGAAAAUAGAGUUUCCAGGGACCUAUAUACUGCCAGCAAUAAAUUGAAAUAGUACUACUUUUAAAAGGACACAAUCUUAAACAGCAUGUAACAAUUUUUUUAACCCACAGUGUCCAACAUUUUCGGCCAGGUUUGACCUUCAUGAACUUGUGGAAUGAGAAGUUGGACACAGCGACCACACAAUCACUGUUUGACAGCACCAGCUCCCCACCCCACUCAAAUGCUCAGCUACAUGCAUGAAAUGACAGCCUGGAAGGCUGCCUGCUGAUACCCAGUAGCUGUUCCAUAAAAUACUCUGUAGUUAUUAGUCAGAACUGACAUAUAUUCCAGGAAAGGCUUUUGCUAGUGCACAUGCUUGCUUUUUUUCUGUAGACUGUACCAGACUGAGUCUUACAAAACUGCAAGUUGUCUUACCAUGUGUCUUCAUUUAGAACUGCUGUGACUUUUUUUUAUAUGUAUUUGAAAAAAUACUGAAAAAGUAUGUUAUUUCUUCCAGAUUGAAAUAAUGCAAACAUUUUUGAUAUCAUUCAACAUAUUUAUUACUGUGUACCAAAGCUGAACUGUGAUGUGUUCAGAAGUGAAACUUUAUUAAACUGCUAAGGAGUACCAGUCUUCACAGAACCUGAUGCAGAACUUUCUUGCUUCCCCAGUCCUCAGUAAUGAAUUAUCAGAAAUCACCUUUGUAGGAAAAAAAUACAGUGUGUUCCUUUUACAAUGAAUGUGAAAUUAGUAGUGUACAUUUAUAAAGAACACAAAGAUAUUACAUUUGUCUGAAGUAAUCAACACCAAACAAACUGUUUGGAAUCAUCCUACUAAAUAAGAGAUCAAAGUAGUUUUAAUGCCAGUCUGCAGAGAAUUGGUUAGGCAGUGGCUAUUUCAUGUGGAGAAACAAUUGGGAAUGUAUGUAAAAAUAAUUACUCCUUCACCUAUGUUGGACAUCCAUAGCUUCUAUGUUGGCCUCUGGAAAAGAAAACUCUGCAGCUUAUAAUCACAAUACAACUGCUCUGACUAAUUCUUGCUCUUCAACAAUAAUCCACUACAUUUUACAGUAACAAAUUUCAUGUCACAGCGGGAGCCCCACAGAACUUCUGCAGGCAUGCAAGAACACCCUUCAGGCAAUUACAAGCAACUCAUAUUUAAAAGUAGGUUCACUACUUUAUAAAAUAAUUCUUUUAUGGAGGGAAAAGGAGUGUAUUCUAAACUUAAGUUGAGCUGAAUUUGGCUGCAUGGCCUAUCGCUGUACAUUUGAACCCAUUAUAUGUACACAGUGAUGAACGGCAAAAAGGACUAAAGGACUACUGCUCUGGAAAUCAAAAAAUUGGAAAACCUUAUCAAUAAAAGUGUCUGUGAACUGUAACAUUUAAACAUGCCUAUCACACACAAGAUGCACGGUAUAUUUCCAUAAUAAACAUAUUUUAAUAUAGAAUCUUAUUCAUGCAAAUUGAGAUUUGAUUUUCUGAAUAAAGUCUGGAAAUGAAUGUUAAAUUUUUCUGUGAUGUGAAAAGAAAUGUUUAGCACUACGCACUAAGUUUAGAUGCUGUCAAAAUUUGUUAAGUGGUUUACCUUAAUGGUUAUGUAUGUACAAAAAGACACAGACAUUAUGUAUAGUAUUUAUAUUCAACAAUGUAGACCAGUGUAAAAAAUGAGUAUGUGCAUCUAUUAUCAAAAAUGGUGCUGUGAGUAUUGCACUUAACAUUAGAAAUUAAAGAACAAUACAAAUAGAAAAGACAAACAUAUGAGCUUGUGAUUUAUUCUUAAAAUUUAUUGAAUGCAGCUGAGAUAAGAUUUAUUUUGUAUAUUCCAAAGUUGGAAAAGUGUUCUCAGAAUGUGAUGGACAUGAAUUAGUGGCACGCUAAAUGGAUCUCAAUAAGCUAUCCAAACCACGUUAGUCACUAGUAAUAGUUUUUUUAAAUAUCCAAAUAUGUGUACAGGUAAAACUGGUGUGUCAAUGAAAUAAAAAGAUUUGUUACCUGACACUCA